AUGAGUACCUAUAAUUCUGUAACGCCAACAGCAUUAGGUGCCUCAAAGCAUAGAGAUACACCAGCCAUGCAACAACAGACCCCUCCAGCCACAGAUGCCCUUCCUCAAAGUUUAACCAGAUUUGUAGAAGUUUGCCAUGAAAGAGCUUCUGAUUUGAAAUUUGAUUCCAAGAAAACCGCUGAAAUGCAAUUACAAUUGAAGACAAUGAUUGAAAAAGCUAACAAUAUUGGGAAAUUGUGGGAAAAUGAUUGGGAUAAACAAGAGUUGCCUAUUUUCAACAAUGUCGCUUCAUUUGAAUUGAAUUGUAAUCUACCAAAACCAAAAAUACAAAACCAACCUUUGAGAUUUAAUAUCAAAGAUCAAAGCCUGAAACACAGAGUAGGUGUUUUAAAACGUCGUCAAUUCAAUGAUAGUGAUGAUGACAGUAAUGAAGAUGACGAUGAAUUAUUCUCAGAUUCAAGAAAAAAGGCAAGAGCUUCAAGAUUCGAAAGAGAAUUAAGUGUUUCCACUCCAUCUGGAUUCUCAGUUAAUGAUGAGGUUUUCGAGGCUGAUAAAAACCAGCCAGUAAGAGGUACUUGUCAAACAUUGGAAAAAUCGUAUCUAAGGUUAACUUCUGCUCCUGAUCCUUCAAAAGUUAGACCUUUACCGGUAUUGCAAAGAGCAUUCACAGCUUUAAUGGACAAAUACAAGAGUGGCGAUGCUAAAUAUGCCUAUCUUUGUGACCAAUUUAAAUCUAUAAGACAAGACUUGAGAGUCCAAUUGAUUGAAAAUGAAUUUAGUGUCAAAGUUUAUGAAACUCAUGGAAGAAUAGCUAUUGAAAAUAAAGAUUUGGGUGAAUUUAAUCAAUGUCAAACUGUUUUGAAGAGUCUUUAUCAAAUGCCCCAUAUAAAUUCAAGUGCAAAUAAAGUUGAUUUCUUAAGUUAUAGAAUCCUUUAUUACCUUUUAACAAGAAAUUAUGAUUCAAUCAGUUUAAUUAAAUUAAAAUUGACUGCAAAAGAUAAGGAAAGCCCAUUAAUUAUUCAAGCUUUGAAAAUCUCAAAAGCUCAUAUCUCAAAUAAUUAUCAUGAAUUAUUCAGAUUAUAUUCAAAAACAGUUGGUACUACGAGAAAUUUAUUGAAUUGUUUUAUUGAUAAUGAAAGAGUUAGAGCUUUAGCUGUCAUUUGCACCGCUUAUAAGAUUUUAAGCCUUGAAUUUUUACUGAAGAACUUUCAUUUUGAAAAUGAAGUUGAUUGUAUGAAUUUCAUUAAAGAGAAACAAAUUGAAAAAUUUAUUGAAUUAAGAGGUGACAAUGCUGUUUAUUUAAACGCUGCUAAUGCGAGAAGUACCAUAUUGGGGUUCUUGAAUCAAAGUAAAAGAGUUGAUAUUAAAGGUCAAGUUUGA